UCCCACCACUUCUUUAAACUUUUCUGUCUGGGAGUUAGGGCGCCGACCUUUGGAGACGCGCGCCGGCCUCCGGGUUGCAGGGGCAAGGGGUGCGUCCAAGGUCGCAGAGACUGCGUCUGGGCCAGCACUGGGCGGGCUUGGGAGGCGGCCGAGGGCGGGGACUGGAGGCGGCCAGGCCUGUGGGUCCCCUUGCUGCGUCCGCGCCCCCACAGAACGGAGUCCACAUGGAGCUACCCGAGGAGCCCGCUCCUGCGCCAGGAGGCGCGGAUGCCGCAUCCGAGCGCGGCCGGCUGCGCCGCCUGCUGCUGUCCGGCUUUCAAGAGGAGCUGCGGGCGCUCUUGGUCCUGGCGGGUCCUGCGUUCUUGGCCCAGCUGAUGAUGUUCCUGAUCAGUUUCAUAAGCUCGGUGUUCUGUGGCCACCUGGGCAAGCUGGAGCUGGAUGCAGUCACACUGGCAAUUGCGGUUAUCAAUGUCACUGGCAUUUCGGUGGGACAUGGCUUGUCUUCUGCUUGUGACACCCUCAUCUCCCAGACGUACGGCAGCCAGAACUUGAAGCAUGUAGGGGUCAUCCUGCAGAGGGGGACAUUCAUCCUGCUCCUCUGCUGUUUUCCCUGCUGGGCGCUCUUCAUCAACACCGAGCAGAUUCUGCUGCUCUUCAGGCAGGACCCGGAUGUAUCUAGGCUCACCCAGACCUACGUCAUGAUCUUCAUCCCCGCACUUCCUGCAGCCUUUCUUUAUACGUUACAAGUUAAAUACUUGCUCAACCAGGGCAUUGUUUUGCCUCAGAUUCUCACUGGCGUCGCAGCUAACCUUGUCAACGUCCUCGCCAACUACCUGUUUCUCUAUCAGCUGCAUCUCGGGGUGAUGGGUUCGGCGCUGGCCAACACCAUCUCCCAGUUUGCCCUGGCCAUUCUCCUCUUCAUCUACAUCCUCUGGAGAAGACUCCACCAGGCCACCUGGGGAGGGUGGUCCUGGGAGUGUCUGCAGGACUGGGCCUCCUUCCUGCGACUGGCUAUCCCGAGCAUGCUUAUGCUAUGCAUGGAGUGGUGGGCCUAUGAGAUCGGCAGCUUCCUGAGCGGUAUCCUUGGCAUGGUAGAGCUGGGAGCCCAGUCCAUCACCUAUGAAGUGGCUCUCAUCAUAUAUAUGAUCCCUGCAGGCUUCAGUGUGGCGGCCAAUGUCCGGGUGGGAAACGCGCUGGGUGCAGGAAACAUUGACCAGGCCAAGAAGUCCUCGGCAGUUUCCUUGCUAGCCACAGAGCUCUUUGCUGUGACCUUCUGUGUCCUGCUGCUAAGCUGCAAGGAUCUUGUGGGCUACGUUUUCACCACAGACCGGGACAUCGUGGCCUUGGUGGCUCAAGUGAUCCCCAUUUAUGCUGUGUCCCACCUCUUUGAAGCUCUCGCCUGUACCUGUGGUGGUAUUCUGAGGGGCACUGGAAACCAGAAGGUUGGAGCCAUCGUCAACGCUGUCGGGUAUUACGUGAUUGGACUCCCCAUCGGGAUUGCACUGAUGUUCGCCGCCAAGCUGGGAGUGGUCGGUCUGUGGUCAGGAAUCAUCAUCUGCUCUGCCUGCCAGGCCGCAUCCUUUGUGGUUUUUAUUGCUCGGCUCAAUUGGAAACACGCCUGUCAACAGGCUCAAGUACAUGCCAAUUUAAAGACCAAUGUGACCCUGAAUGGGGCUUCUGCUGUCUCUCAGGAGCCGGCUCACCCAGUGGGUCCUGAGAGCCAUGGAGAAAUUAUGAUGACAGAUCUUGAAAAAAAAGACGAGACUCAGUUGGACCAGCAGACAAACCAGCAACAAGCUUUGCCUGUCCACCCAAAGGAUAGCAAUAAGCUGUCUGGGAAGCAGUUGGCCCUACGCCGAGGACUCCUGCUCCUGGGAGGUGUCUUAGUCUUGGUGGGGGGGAUUUUAGUGAGAGUCUAUAUCAGAAUUGAGUGACAUGGAAAAGUCAGCCAUCAAGCGAUGCAAAUGCUC